AUGCAGAGAGUGACCACAGGCUCCUUCGAUAUCGAUCCCCAGUUUAAAGAUGAACAUCAUCAUUUUCCACAUCCUCCAUCAUCCUCGUUCUCCUCCAGCGUGACUGGGGCAACACCAGCCAAAAGAAUCACCUUCUACAAGAGCGGCGACGCCAAGUUCAAAGGCGUCAAGAUGGCCAUCCACAAACGCAGCUUCAAAUGCUUUGAUGCCUUACUGGAUGACCUUUCCCAAAAGGUCCCUCUCCCUUUUGGUGUCCGUACCAUCACGACCCCCAGGGGCACCCACAGCAUUAAAUAUUUAGAGCAGUUGGAGGAUGGGGGCUGUUAUUUGUGCUCCGAUCGCCGCUACGUGAAGCAAAUCAACAUGGAAGCUGCAGGGAAGAUGCCAGCAGUCUGGCAGCACCACAGCCACCUUCAUAAAUCCCAAAGGAAGCCCUCCAGACCCAAAGAAGCCCCCUCGGGAUACCAGCACUACCAUCGACACCCAAAGAGGAUCCUACUAGUGAAAAACAAUGACCCUGCUAUGAGAAGGUCCAUCAUUCUGAAUAGGAGAACCGCUCGAAGCCUUCGUGUCUUCAUGGAGGAGAUUUCCGAGCUCAUGCAGUGUCAUGUUAAGAAGCUCUAUACGCUGGAGGGAUGCAAGAUUGACAGUAUUCAGUGUUUGAUGCAGUGCCCAAGUGUUUUGGUGUGUGUAGGUCGAGAACCCUUCAGGCCUCUUCUUAUGGAGAGCGCGAAGAAGCUCUCAGAAGAAAGACUGCCAGGAAUGGGCACAAGAUCUCGGUCCAGCAGUGAAGGCCAUGAGAGCAAAAAGAAUGUAAACUUUGGCUUGAAGACAAAGAAAAGCAUCAUACAUCCAAGAUCAGACUCCAGUAACAGAUCAACAAGAUUCUCCCUUUCUUCAGAAAAGUCCUAUCAGAAUGGAUUAUGCGUGACGCCAGGACAAUCCGGUUGUGUCAGCACCUGUCCAUUCGUUAAAGAACUCGUAGUGAAUGACGACAUUGAGAAGAGGGUGCUUGUAAACAAAGACGGCAGCCUGUCUGUUGAGAUGAAAGUUCGCUUUCACCUCUUUAACGAUCAGACUCUCCAGUGGUCCACUGAGAUAAAAAAGUCCUCAACAAAACUCUAUGAUAGAAGCUCUGUGAAAGUCGGCGAGCCGAAUUAUCCUCAAGCUAAAGCUAAAUAUUCAGACCCAGACUCCAUUUCGCCAUCUGAGACAGAGGAAGCAUUUGCGACAAAGUUACAUCAGAAGCAUGUUGAGGAAUCACAUUGUCAAAAUUGUUGCAACCACUACCAAGAGUACGACAUUUGGAAAAACCCCAUGCACAAAGACCAUGCGGCCUGCAAGUCGUCAAGUUCAAGUGGAUCGUCUCGUGAAAUUGUACACAAAAAGUCGUCUGUGGAGAGCAUGCAAACAAUUUCUCAAAACAGUGAGGAAUACACUGAGCGUAUGGUGAAAAACGCCUCGUGCUUUAAGCAGACUAUGGCGGAAGGAGACACCAGAGUGGAAUACUGUGCAAUAAAUCGCUGUUGCAGUCGAAGUGAAGUAUCAACCUUUGCCGUUAACUCAAAGAGCAGUCAAGCUAAAAGAAAAUGUUCUCAUAUGGACAUCAGGGAAACUGAUGCUGGAAAAUCUCCAACGCCACACCAAGAGGUCACUAAGGUAAUGGAAGAGUGGCCAAUUUCUGUUGUCAGCAGCUCGUCCAAAGUGUUUGAGUCUUUUAAGGAAGAUCGAGAUGACUAUUACGAUGACCUGCUAUCAAGCAUCUCCAGAGCAUCACAUUGGUCUCAGAGUGACCAUCUUGAGCAUGAUAAUCAAUUCAAAUGUAUUCAUUGUUGUGGCUGUCAGGCCUCUCAAAGAUCUUAUUUAUCCCCCAGACCUCCAAGUAAAGGAUCAAGUGGUGUUGUUCACUCAUUGAAGCUCAAAAAGUAUAAUACUGCUUUCACAGCACCAGUAGAUGGUGAAGGACUACUAAAUCAUACAGACAGGGCAAAGAGUAUGACAUCUAUAGCUUCAAAAGCGUCAUCCAGAUCCCAUGAAUGCCAUUGUGGAGCCAAAACCCCAAGUUCAGUUCCAUCUGGACAUAGCCAAGCACCUUUAAAAUCCAGAGUACAAACAAACAUCCCUGGAUCCAAUGCAUCAGAUGCUCUGGAGAUAUGCAAAGAUGAAAAAGAGCAAGUCAAUAGAUCUCAAAAUGCCAUGUCAGGAAAUUCAGGACUCUCUAGAAGAUCUGGCAAGUCUGGUGUAUGUUCUCAUUGUGGUGAAUGUAAAAGAUUGUCAGGUAAUCUAGAGGGGACAGAUGCACUUGUAACUGAGAUAGAAGUUGGUUCCAUAAUGUCAAACAAAUCUGAAAAAUGUGUUUCACAUGCUUGUAAAAACUGUGAACCUGUUACUAAUACUCCAUCAGAAGAGGAAGCCAAACAGGAACGCUCUGAAUCUGCACUCUCUAAAACUUCAAAUGCCUCUGCUACCUCAAAUAAAUCAAACAACUCUGCUCAUGAAAGGUCUUCCACUGGGAAAUCUGAACAUAAUGAAGUAGAAAUUGUGAACAAAGAACGAACCAAAAGUGCCAUGUCAAUUGCUCCUACAAAGUCAACCAAGUCAGAACCAGACUGUAUUGUUUCAGAAAGAGAACCAACACCCAUGUCAAGUCUGUCAGAAAGAGGAAAGGCUGGGAAACAAAGCCAAGAAAGAGCAGUCAGCCCAAUAUCUGCAAAUAUAUCAGCUGCAUCUAGGAUAUCAAACAAACCAAAUCCUGCCCAUUCAGAGCGAGCAAUAACACCCAGAUCUUGCAGUUCAGAUGAUUUAGAGGAAGUGCCAUCAAAGCUGGUUAAUUCUCAAGAUGUUGAACCAGAAAGUGCACCCGCUCAAAAAUAUGCUACAUCAGAUAAUCACUGUGGAGAAGACAAUGAGUUCACUCGAGAAGUCAGAUCAGCUAGUGCCAUGUCGAAUAAAUCAAUCCCAUCCUCUAAACAUUCAUCAAAAGAAACUAAGAGAUCUGUUAAAUGUUGUUGCAAGAUAUUAGAGACAAGCACCACCCAAGAGUCCAGCGCUUCCAAAGUUCAACGUGAGCAGGAAACUGAGGUAAACGCAAAAGAACGAUUAGUCAGUUCACUGUCCAUCUGCUCCAAAACAUCUAUAAAUUCAGAUGCAUCUUCAAAACAUUCAUCCAUGCCAAAAAAUGGCAAAGUUUCUCCUACUUCUAGUAGGCCUUGUAGGUCUCACAAAUCAAGCCAAAGCAUACCCGAAACCACAGUUACCUCAGUACCAAAUGCUGAAAAACAGCGUGAGGAUUCAACUAAUGAUAUUUUGGAGUCAAAGAGAGCCACCAAUGCAAUGUCUAAGGUCUCUGAAGAAUCAGGAAAGGCCUGCUCUGAAAGAUCUAUCAAAUCAGGUUCAAACGCCACAGAAGACGCCACAGAAGAGAAUGGCAAAGACACUGCAAUGAAUGCCUUAACUGUGACCUCUCCAUUACCUAGGUCAAAGAGGUCUCCAUCUCCAAGCAGACCGAAGUCGACCCACAUCACUGAAGAUAUGGAGACUACUAGCAGAGCUCGUAGCGAAUUGUCGGUACACUCUAAUGUAUCAAGUAAAAGUAGUAAUUUGAAAGAUUUAAAGCCUAAGACCCAAAGAGAGGAUGUCAAUGAUGAAUCUGAGGAGAGAGUUGCAAGCAGCUUGUCAGGAAAGUCAAAACUGUCAGCUAAAUCCCAUAUGAACAUAAUUAAGUCUUCGUGUAUCCAGUUAGAUGAACUUUUAAGCCUAACAUCUAAACAACUAAAGUGUGAUGACUUUGAUGAACGAUCAACCAGUGGCAUGUCAGCAACCACAGAAGACAGUGGACAUAAGAUGGAGAUUGUAAAUUGUGUGGAUAUUGAGGAAAGAUCAAAGAUGGCAGCAUCUGUGAACUCAGCAAAUUCAGAAUCAAGAUCGCAAAGGUCAGUGCAAGCUCUCUCGCCUGUCUCAGCCAAAAGUGUAAUGUCAGCAGAAUUUAAGAAGAGUAAGUCAGGAAGUGGGUUAAAUGAAAACAAUAUCAGAGUGCCCUCCGCUUUGUCAGUGUCAUCUACACACAGUGAGUCACCCUCCAGAGUUUUACAGGGAAGUGCUAAAAAUACAGCAACAAAAGGAAGUGAGAGAUCUUGUGAAGCUGUCAAUCACACCAGUCAAACAGGAAUUAAUGAAAUGGACAAUGCAUCCAACAAAAUGUCUGCGACAUCUUCAAAACAUGAGCAAAGUGAAAAAGCCUCUAGAAAAGCUACGGAAGAAAAUAAAUCUGCAAAGGCUUCUAAACAUUCAGUAAGGUCCAAAAAUGACCGAAUUACCUGCAAGAAUGAUAGAAGAUCUCUUCAAACAUCCAACCCAGACAUGAUAUCUGUGAAAAAAGUCACAUCCAGGCCAAAUUCAGUGGUGUGGUCUGAUAUUUCUCAGAAUUGUCAACUUUACAAUAAAAAUAAAGAAUCCGUUAUAAAUCCUGGCUCGUCCAGUGAGAGUGCAUUAUCACAAGCCCUUUCAGCUGCAGAUCUGUUAAGAGAGAUCACUGGAAAUGUAAGACCCGUCAGUAGAGAAUCAAAGUCAAUUACCUCUAGCAAAAAUGUUGGCAAGGUCGAGAAGAUUAAUGAGAAUGAAAGUGAGAAAAGCUGCCAGUACAAACACAGGAAAGUCAGCAAAUCAUCAGAGCGCAACAAAGAGGAAUGUUUUUCAGAACUGAUGCCAUCAUGCUUACCAAACGCUUCCCCUACAGAUGUUGUGAAGGACUGGCUCAGGAACAUUCCCCUUGAUGGCCAUGUUUAUGAAAUGGAUGUCGAACUCACUGAAAGACUCACUCAGACUCCAGGCAAUGAGGAGACUUUUCAACAGGACAUUAGAGAGCCACCAGAAUACAUAACAGAGGUUGAAGAACGUCACGAGGAGUAUCAGGAGAAGAACCAUGUCAGUUGUGUUGAGAAACAGGUGUGUGAAGGACUACAAAUUGAAACAAGCGAAAUCGAUCCCAAUCCCAAUACAUUGACUAAAAAAGAGGGUUUACAAAAGCUGUGCCAUUCUUCUGUUCAGGUGAUGAAGGUUUUACUGGGUCCAAAACUAGACCGAUGUAAUAGUUUACCUGAGGUCUCAGCUGUGUAUGGCAGAAAAUUGAGCCAGUCAGCCCAGGGGCUACUUGAUUGCCUUGCAAAUUUACGAUUGAUUGACUCGGACCCUAAAAAUGAGAAACAUCCCAAAUAUAAUGAAGUCAUGAUGAUCCUACAAUCGCUAUGGCUCCAAGAGCCCUCUGAGAAUAAACAGGACAUAAAAAAACAUCCAUCAGCAGAAGAUAAAUUUAACCCACGGUCUUCAUCUGGAGUAGAUGUUAGCAGUUGCUCCACGGGUUCUUUUAAGGGAAGCAUGGGUGGUAUAAUAGAAAAAUCAGAGACCGAACAAGGUAAUAUACCACUAAUUGCUGAGCAGGAGGCCUCACUUCAAGAUAAAGAUGAAGCUGUGAUGGAUGAAGAUGAGGAAAAGCCAACAACUGCCUCGUGUGAAGGUUUAGAUCCAUCGAAUGUAGUCUCCGAUCAAGUAACACCAGACAUUGCAGAGGGAGUCCAAGGGAGUCCAGAGAAUGCAGAAAUGGAUGAUGAUGAUGAUGAUGAUGAUGAUGAUGAACAAGAAAAAACUGUUUUAACUCCAGUCACCAAAGAAGAUUCUCAAAGCACAGAGAAUAAGAAUGAAUCAGAUCAAAAGCUGCUGACAUCCUUUAACAAGAGCUCUGGAAAUGAGAGUUCCACAAUUAAAUCUCUGGAAAAUACAAGUUCAGGAACGCCACCAUCUGUUCAAAGAGCUUCACUCACUAAAAGAGUUUCACAAGACCCAGAUCCCAUUUGGGUUUUGAGUUUAUUAAAAAAGCUAGAAAAGCAAUUCAUGUUGCAUUACACAGAUGCCAUGGCGGAGUUCAAAGUCUCGUGGGAUUUGGAUGACAAUGAGAUGCUCAAUAUGAUGAUCACAGAACUAAAAGAGGAGGUACACAAACGGAUUCAAUCAAGUAUUAACCGAGAACUGCAAAAAAUCCAAAGUCGAGCUGGUAAGGGACCAAGACCUCCAAAAAAUGCUCUUUCAAAAGAAUCCACUGUCCAGACUGAACAGAGACGCAAACGUCUUCGUGUUAUGCGAGAAAAAAUCUCUCGGUCAAUGAGUGAUGAAAUUUACACUGCGUCUGGUACGGCUUAUAGUGAGCAACGUAGUGAAGAUGAGUAUUGCCCGUGUGAUGCAUGCAUGAAGAAGAAAAUGGCAUCAAGAGCAGCCCAGCGAGCUCAGGCUUUGAGUUUGGCCCCUGUUGUAAAGGAAUUUGAUCUGCGGCAUAUACUUCAAAUGAAAAAAAAAUCCAGCUAAACCUCCAGAAC